UAAAUUGAAAAUAAACUGACAUUUUCUCUCCCGUUCUUUCUCCCCUUGUUUUUCUGUCUUCAACUCAUUGUUACUUACAAAAACCCAACAAACCCUAAAACUGUCCCUUCAAUUUUUCUUCUUCAUUUCUUCGAUUACUAGUUUUAUACCUCAAUUUCAGCUCUUCCUUCCAAGAAAUUUGCAGUUUCAGUAUUGAAAUUCCUACUGAAAUCCCUAAUCUUCUCAGUGGGCGGCUCAUUUUGGAGAGGAAAAUGGAGGGAAUGCCGCUCCCAAUACCCCGUACAGUGGAGGAGGUCUAUGGCGACUUCAAAGGCAGGCGUGCUGGCUUGAUUAAAGCCCUAACCACUGAUGUUGAGAAGUUUUACCAGCAGUGCGAUCCUGAGAAGGAGAACCUAUGUCUCUAUGGACUUCCUAAUGAAACGUGGGAAGUUAACUUGCCUGUGGAGGAGGUGCCUCCUGAGCUCCCGGAACCAGCUUUAGGUAUAAAUUUUGCAAGGGAUGGGAUGCAGGAGAAAGACUGGUUAUCACUGGUUGCUGUUCACAGUGACUCAUGGUUGCUUGCUGUUGCAUUCUAUUUUGGUGCUCGUUUUGGGUUUGGGAAGAAUGAAAGGAAGAGGCUAUUCCAGUUGAUCAACGAUCUCCCAAGUGUAUUUGAAGUUGUGAGUGGAAAUGGUAAGCAGUCAAAAGAACAGUCUGCCACUCAUAACAAUGGCAGCAAAAGCAAGUCGAGUGGGAAGACGCAGUCUCGGCAAUUGGAGUCUCAUAGCAAGGGAGUGAAGAUGUCUCCACCACCAAAAGAAGACGAAGAUAGCGGGGAAGAUGAGGAGGAAGAAGAAGACGAUGAACAGGGUGCAACAUGUGGGGCUUGUGGGGACAACUACGGCAACGACGAAUUCUGGAUUUGUUGCGAUGUGUGCGAAAGAUGGUUCCAUGGAAAAUGCGUGAAGAUUACUCCCGCAAAGGCGGAGCAUAUCAAGCAGUACAAGUGUCCAAGUUGCAGUAACAAGAGGGCAAGGGUUUGAAUUUAGGAUCUUAAAGUUGGAGAUAAUUGCAAGGAACGAAAAAAGAAGACGAAGAAGAAGAAAGCAAGCAGGCAGCACGACUCCAGAACUUGUUAUUACGAUUAUAAAGCUAAGUAUGGUUGUUAAAAUCAGUUGACAAAAUUUGGUGAAUUGGGAUGAAAUUUCAAGUUUUCCUACUCGUGUUAUUCUUCUGUCCAAUUCUAGAAUUAGCGGUUUCUGUAUGAAUCCCCCCCCAUUGAUGUUUCAAAUGUUAUGAAUAUUUGCCAUUCACUUAGCUUAACACACUGUAUGGCUAGAACCAGCUUGUUCUUUAUGUUCUUUCUUUCCCUAUCCUAAUGUGUUGUAUCCUGCUACCAGGCUGGCUAUGGCAGGUUCAGGUGGACCUGGAAUGAAAGUGACUUGUUCUGCCUUUAUGCUUAGUUUAGUUCAUUUGGAUGAGAGUUUGAUGGU